AUGGCGGAGGCCCGUCGGGUGCUGGUGUCGGUCAUCCGCACGACGCCCAUCAAGCCCCGGCCGGGCGAGGGUCGGGAGGCGCCCACCAGCCCGGGCUUCAGCGACUUCAUGGUGUACCCCUGGCGCUGGGGCGAGAACGCGCACAACGUGACGCUCAGCCCCGGGGCCAAGCCGCCCCCCGCCCCCGCGCCCCCGGCCGCCAGCGGGCAGCCCCCGCACGGGGCCGGGCCGCCGGCGGCGGCGAAGGCGCUGGCGGGGGGAGGGGGCGCCGUGGAGGAGGAGGAGGAGGAGGAAGAAGAGGAGGAGGAGGCCGGGAGCGCCGACGGCGGGCACUUGAAGGACGGGAGUCGUCGGGGGCGGCCCCGGGCGGACACGGUGCGCGACCUGAUCCACGAAGGGGAGCUGUCGUCCAGCCGCAUCCGCUGCCCCGUCUGCCAUCGCGUCUUCCCCCGAGAGAAGUCCCUGCAGGCCCACAAGAGGACGCACACCGGGGAGCGUCCAUACCUGUGCGACUACCCGGACUGCGGGAAGGCCUUCGUGCAGAGCGGCCAGCUCAAGACCCACCAGCGCCUCCACACCGGGGAGAAGCCCUUCGUCUGCUCCGAGAACGGCUGCCCGAGCCGUUUCACGCACGCCAACCGGCAGUGUGCUAAGCACCCCUACGCGCGGCUGAAGAGGGGCCAGCAGCCCCCCGGGCCCCGCGCCCUGGGGCCCCGCGCCGGACACCACAACAAGGCCGUGGCCGACUGGCUCGACAAGUACUGGGAGAGCCGGGAACACCCCCCGCCCGCCCCGAAGAGCCACCCGGGCCCCCGGCCCGACCAGGAGCAGCGCGACCCGCGGCUGCCGCGACCCCCGGCCCCCGAUCGCCGCUGCCCCCGGGAGGAGGGCCUCCAGGAGGAGGAGGAGGAGGAACGGGAGACGGCCGGGGGCGGCCCCAAGGGCCCGGGCCCCUCGGCGGCGGCCCGCCGCUGCCUCCAGGAGCAGAGGGAGCGUCUCCACGGGGCCCUGGCCCUCAUCGAACUGGCCAACCUGGCGGGGGACUCCUUCGGGGCCGACCCCUGACCCCCG